AUGGAGACCAGGGAGAACAAAUUCCUGUGGCAGAACCUCGUGGAAGAGGCCGUUCUGAGAGGCUCCACAGCACAGAAAUCCAAUGGGGAGGAAAAGUCCCUGAUAUCCUACACAACAAGGGGCUCCAAACCCAUCCCAGGGUGCACCAAGGAGGAAAGAACCACCCUGUUCCAGGAAGGUGGACAGAACUGCAGGCAGAGCUCAGAGCUGGUGGUCCAUGAGCAGUUUCACGAUGGAGAGACACCCAGUAAGUGCUUGGAGUAUAGGAAGAGCUUCAACUGGAGCUCCCACGUGAUGCAGCACCAGAUGAUCCACGCCAGGGCAUGGCCCUAUGAGUGUUCUGAGUGUGGAAAGAGGUUUCAGACCAUCUCCAAUCUCCUCAAGCACGAGCGGAUUCACACAGAGGAGAGGCCCUUCCGCUGCCCCGACUGCAGGAAGGGCUUCAAGCGCAACUCCACGCUCAUCACCCACCGACGCAUCCACACUGGGGAGAGGCCCUACGAGUGUGGGGAAUGUGGGAAGAGCUUCAGCCACAGCUCCAGCCUGAUCCGCCACCAGAGGAUCCACACUGGGGAGAGGCCCUACGAGUGCGGGGAAUGUGGGAUGAGCUUCAGCCAGAGCUCCCACUUGAUCCGCCACCGGCGCAUCCACACUGGGGAGAGGCCCUAUGAGUGUCCUCAUUGUGGGAAAAGAUUCGCUCAGAGCUCUGCCUUGACAAGACACCAACGGAGGCACCAGUAA